CUCGUUUCUCCAGGAGCAGUAACGCUGUACCUGCGGGGCCGAACUGGCAAACUGCAGUGAUUGUAUUCGGAGGUUUGCCACAGUGUGCUGCAGUCAAAGGAACAUUGUCGUAAAAUCUAACCAAAUGAUGCAGCAGUUUUGAUGUUUAUGAUGCGGAUUUUUUUUUGCGAGUGUGCACGGCGUCGUGUGCAAUGAGGAUCUUACCGGGACUGCCUGCACUGCGUCUAAAAUGUCUCGAUUUGUUAUUUGAGAAUUAACAGAGCUUCUAUUAUUUUUAUUAAAAAAACAAAAACAAUAGGAAGCGGCUGUUUUGUCUGCAAUGUGGGAGCUGCUUGCGCUGCAGCUGUUAACGUUGCUGUCCGGAGAACGGUUUCCUUGCCUACUACACUCCAUGAAGCACCUCUCUUAUUUUUGAUGAUACUGCAAUGCUAAGGGAUGUCCAGCUCGUUUGACUUUUAAUGCAUUUAGUCUUCUACUCUGCACCACAUGAUCCUCGAGCAAGACGCCAGGAUGUACCAGAAGAUUGCUUUCCCGCUACCUGUCAUGAAGUCCAUGUGCAUAGUUUGUGUUUUUCUCUCUCUUUAACUGGUGGUGUAUUUAAAAUAGCAGCCCGUUAUAUUUUACGUAGCCGCCGGUCCGAUGUAACAGUCGUCAGGAACAAAUGACUUGUAAAUGGUGUCAGUACAGUAUAAUAUAGGCUAUUAAUAUUUCAGCAGAUCUCAUACACACAACGCUGUAAAGCGAUAUCUAUAUUAAGGAGGCAGGAGUACGCAGGAGGAAGGGCUUUGCAUCGCUCGGAGAGCCGGGCCGCAUUCCUGCACUCUUCAUUCUGUCCUCCUUCAUUCAGCAGCACCUUGGUCCCGAAACAAAAAGGUGGGCGUGGGCCAGACAGCGGCACGGCAGUUGGCCUGAGUUGCCCGAGAUUAGUUUGGAUCCGUGUGGAAACGCCGAGCCCUGAGAUGCUCGAGUCGGCUCGAAAGCCCCGAGUUGUCCUUUAGUGGCCCGGAGCCCUUCAAACCCCAUCCCACCUUCCAUCUAGUCCUCCUCCCUCCCUCACCCACCCACCAACCCCGGUUGAAGAUCUCCCCACCAACUCAGCCUCCGAAUGUCCUCCCGGGGGUGGGGAGACUGAGAGCCAGUGAUUCGGAAGCCCCUCGAUCGGCCCCCUUCCCUCACCCCUCUCCCUCCUGAAAGGCCCCCUUUCCCGCCAAGAAUGACAGUGCUGGCAGGAGACAACAUGGACGAAGCGUCGGCUUUGCCCGGCCACCCUCAGGACAGCUACCCUCCGGACAACGAUGACCAUGAGUGCUGCGAGCGGGUGGUCAUCAAUAUCUCGGGCCUGCGCUUCGAGACCCAGCUGAAGACCCUGGCCCAGUUCCCCAACACCCUGCUGGGCAACCCCAAGAAGAGGAUGCGCUACUUCGACCCCCUGCGGAACGAGUAUUUCUUCGACCGCAACCGGCCCAGCUUCGACGCCAUCCUGUACUAUUACCAAUCCGGGGGACGCCUCCGGAGACCGGUCAAUGUACCCCUCGAGAUGUUCUCCGAGGAGAUCAAGUUCUACGAGCUGGGCGAGGAGGCGAUGGAGAAGUUCCGCGAGGACGAGGGCUUCAUUCGGGAGGAGGAGAGGCCCCUGCCCGAGAAUGAGUACCAACGACAGGUCUGGCUUCUCUUCGAGCAUCCGGAGAGCUCCGGGCCUGCCCGGGGCAUCGCCAUUGUCUCGGUCAUGGUCAUCCUCAUCUCCAUCGUCAUCUUCUGCCUGGAAACUCUGCCCCAGCUCAAGGACGACAGAAAGAGGACCAUGCAAGUGGGCAACACCACCAUCCCGUACAAAUCCAACAUCCUCAACGACCCCUUCUUCAUCGUAGAGACCCUGUGCAUCAUCUGGUUCUCCUUCGAGCUCCUGGUCCGCUUCUUCGCCUGCCCCAGCAAGACAGAGUUCUUCAAGAACAUCAUGAACUUCAUCGACAUUGUGGCCAUCAUCCCGUACUUCAUCACGCUGGGCACUGAGCUGGCCGAGGAGGAGGAGGGUAAUGUGAGCGGCGAGCAGGCCACGUCCCUGGCCAUCCUCAGGGUCAUCCGCCUGGUGCGGGUCUUCCGCAUCUUCAAGCUCUCCCGCCACUCCAAGGGCCUGCAGAUCCUGGGCCAGACCCUCAAGGCCAGCAUGAGGGAGCUGGGCCUGCUCAUCUUCUUCCUCUUCAUCGGGGUCAUCCUCUUCUCCAGCGCCGUGUUCUUCGCCGAGGCGGACGACCCGGACUCUCACUUCAACAGCAUCCCGGAUUCCUUCUGGUGGGCGGUGGUCUCCAUGACCACGGUGGGCUACGGGGACAUGUACCCCAUCACCAUCGGCGGCAAGAUCGUGGGGUCGUUGUGCGCCAUCGCCGGCGUCCUGACCAUCGCCCUGCCCGUGCCCGUCAUCGUCUCCAACUUCAACUACUUCUAUCACCGGGAGACGGAGGGAGAGGAGCAGGCUCAGUACCUGCACGUUAGCUGCCCGAACAUCGCCUCGGACAGUGACUUACGAAGCCGCAGCUCGUCCACCAUCAGCAAGUCCGAUUACAUGGAGAUCGAGGAAGAUGUGAACAACAGCAUAGACAAUUUCAGAGAAGCAAAUCUCAGAACUGGCAACUGCACUAUAGCAAACCAAAACUGUGUGAACAAAAGCAAACUGCUAACUGAUGUUUAAACAGCUGCGGGCUCAGUGACCCCGGGAGCCUCGCUUUCUAGACACUGUUACUGACCCUUUGUAUUUUGCCUUGUUGACCUCGUUAAUGCGUUGUGGCAUUGCCGUUAUGCUCAGCAAAAUAAGCUUUCAGAAUUACGUGGAAGGUAUAAUUUCAUUUAUUUUUAAAUGGCUUUCUUUCUCCCAACUGGGUAACGAGGGAGAAAUCUUCUCCAGAUCCGUUCAUGAGAGCGUCCUUAGGUACAGACUUCGAAGCUUGGACUUAUACCUGCUCGCCAACCUCGAAUGGAAAUUUAUUUUUCUCUCUCUCAGUUCAUUUACAAAUACCAAUGCAUGUGUUAAGGCACAAGUUUGCAAGCUGCACCGUGCAUCCAAGCGAAAACAACCAAAUACGCCAGAUUCGUGAGUUUUGGUCAAAGUUGCAAACUUGCAGUUUUCGAUCCACUGAUGAUCAUUUCAUUGCGAGAAGUGAUGUGACGCCCUACAUCAGAAAAAAAAUAAAACAAGCGAUUGCAUUUGUCUCCACUUUAUAAUCAAAUAGCGAAUGCUUAAAAUACCAGCGGUGCUGCAAACUUGCAGAUACUGCAAUUCAUCUGCUUCCAGGACCGAACGUAAAUUCCCCCGUCCCCGAUUUAAUGCGAGAAUCGUCAAUCACAAAGAAAAUCCCUGAAAUAACAGCAGCAUGCUUUGAUAUUCAUCAUUCACUGAUUGUGGCAUGCCUGGGACAUUACCUCAAAUAACAGCAAACAAGUUUGCGUUUUAAAUUAUAAUCUGGAGAGUUAGUUCUCAUUUGCUCUUACCAAAAGUGCAAUGGCUUAUUAUUUAAUUUAAUACUUAUGAAGCACCCAUGGCCUGAAUGUUAACUCGGAUGGGAUAGAGUAACUUUAGAUCAUAGCAUGUUUUAACUACUCAACAUUAUGGCCUUUUUGAACAACUUAACACGUAACCCAUUAUAACUUAUGCAUGAUAUCAGGUUACAGAAAACAAAACAGCUUUGAACUGUUGCUAUAUGAUGUUGAGGGACCUGAUGAUUUUCCUGCAGAAUACCAGGGAAAUGAGUUGGUUCGUGUCCUGACAAUCCUGAAAAUAUAACACAGCAAAACCUAGUUCCUUCUGGGAAAUCACUUGAACAAAGGAGGCAGGCUAGGUAAUGUACAUACUUAUAUAUUAUACAAUUUAGUUUUAAAUGCAACUAAUCAAACAGAAAAGAAAGCAUGCCUUUCAUGCAUUUUAGCAGAAUGUAAAUGUAAAGAAGAUGUAAAUUAUGCACCUAAUUUGCAAUUCAUUUCCAAAACCAUCCUGACUGAGACAAUAUUUUUCUUUUGAGCUUCCCUCUACUUUAUUGCAGAAACUCAGCAAAUGACUUAGUUAGUUGCUAGUGCCUUUUAAAUCCUUACACUCCCAGAUUGCUGGAAGUGCCUCCAUGUACAAAGAAUGGCUGAAUAAACUGAUGUCCACAGAAAUCUGCGACGCCUUGAAAAUAGGCCAACCUCACUAAUGUCCAAUAAAAUCUUUGUGUGCAAAAGUCAAUGGACAGUUAUCACAGUAAAAAAGAUGAUGGAAAAGGCAGACCAAAUAUUUGCACCUAUUUCUGAAGAUGCAGGACUUAAAUCAACUCGCAAGAGAGUUGGGAGAAUUACAGAAUAAGUUGGCAACUGGACAUUUCAGCUGAAUGAGCGCCACAUGGGAAUCCUGUUGUAAAUUCUCUGAGGUCCUUAUCAAUUUAAGACCAAUAACUUUUCAGCAAUGAGAUCAGCAUUCAGAAUCUUUAAGGAACGCAGAUGUUAAUGGCAUCAUCAUGAGGCAUUAAGGUGUUGAACUGAAAGAAACAGUGAAGAAUGUUAAUUUCAUCUUUUCUUUUACCCACCUGCAAAGGCUGCAAUGUACCAAAAAGAAAAAUGCAGUGUUUCCUCAGCAGACUACCUCAGUUUAGAUUGAUGAAAAGGACAGUUUAAUUUUGUGGCCCCAGGCUGAGGGAAUUUUUUUUUGGUAAUCUGAAAUCACACAAACAGCUGUUGGAAUGCAGGUUCUUCCGGAAUAUAAUUUCUUAUCAUCUGUUCUGGAGCCAUAUCUACGAGUCAGUUUCAGUGGUUACAUACAAGUACGUUGCCACAAUCACUUGUUUGACCAUUGUCCUUAGCCUAAUUGUUGUGUAGAAACUUGUUAUAACUCACUCUAACUUAAUACUGAAGGCCAGAAGCUCUCAAAGAUAUCUUGAGACUAUUACAUCGAUAUUUGCAGGAUUAUAUGACAAUUUCCCAAAGACCUGGAGAACCAAGAGUUACUUUUAUUAUUUGUAAUUCACAACAUGCAAGUCUUCAGACAGAGAAAUUUACCUGGAUAUGGAUGUGUUUAUUGCAAGAGACAAUUUGUUGCCCUAGGAUAAUGCAGAUGUUGACUGGUAGGUUAAGACACGAUUAAGUCCCCUCCAGAAGUGGAUGGCACUUGAUUAUUGAUUGUAAUUUCUUGGAAAUUUAAGGAAUGCAGAAGAUACAAAGAUUUCAAGAAGAUAUGAAGAAUGAGACUGCUCCAAAAUUACAUGACUGAAUUAGCUGAUACAACUGAACUGCGGGUAUAAAUCAAAAUUACACAGAGAAAUGUUGAAUAACUCUUGAUGAACUGCAAUUGCUGUUGGCAACAGGGCAUUAACUUCUUCAUGUAGAAUAUGUAAACCACCCAUACUCUGGUUAUCCUGAUCCUUCUGCAUCACAUAAACCUUGAGGUAGGAGAAAACUUUCCCCUGUGUUAAAUGACUUUAAUACUGCACUUAAUAAACAGCAAUAAAUGAUCCAAUGCUGCAGAACUGCUUUGAUAAAAUCUAUGUGGCUUCUGGCAGCUCAUGCUUAUUUUAGCAAUUCAGUUUCUAGUUUUUGGGAAAUUGCGCCUUAGUUAAACAUUUAUCUGCAUGUGACUGAGAAGCGUGCUGCAUGCAGUUUUUCUUUUGAUAAUGAAGGUUCUGAAAACCAGUGGGAUGGGGUAGGGUUUGGUGAUGUUUAUUUAUAACCAUUACAGCUGAGUACAAAAUAUGGAUAGAGAGCAAUUCUGAUGUAAUAUAGGCAUGUCUUUCUGGUUAUACAGUUUUGGUAGAUAUUCUUAAUCCCGGACCAGCUUCGCAAACAUAUUGUACAUAGGCCUGAAUGUACACAAGGUGGCUGGUUGUGAACAGAGUCAUUAAAGAGCCUCUUCUCUUUUUAUAAAUAAAACUAUUAAUAAUUGUAGUGAAAAUGAAGCAAUUCAAUAUACCAAGAAUAGCUGUCUUGGUGUAAUGUUUUGUGAAGUGACUUUGACCAGUUUAAGUGGUUUGCACUGAAUAAUAUGCAUUGCAGAAACAUCAUGUGUUAUGUAUUUCUGAGUUAGAAUUUGGUUUAUUUGCUCCAGAAAAUGAACAAAAUAGAAAAGAGACAAAAUGGUGGCUGCGACGCCGUACAAGACAUUGCUGAGGAGCACAUUUCAAUUCAGCUCAGCAAUAAUGAUGGAGAUUAUAUUUUAAAUAUAGUUAGGAUCGAUUCUCAGUCUUAGUCAGAUACAUUGUAGGUAAGAGGACAUAGCAGAUAUUUUAUAAUUAACCUGUUCAGAGUUGCUAUUACACGGCUCUGGAGCAGGUGGAACUUGAACCUGGGUCUCCUGGCUCAGAGAUAGGGACCCUACCAUUGUCCUAUGUGAGCACCUAAGAGGAUAUAAUAGAAACAUCCUUAUUUUAUUCCCUUCAGGUGUUUGGUUCACUUCAAUUGAAUGUUGAAAAAAUAGAAUUAGCACCUGAUGAGGUCCAGGCUUCUCUGUUGUGGUUGAGCUGUGCACAAAUCUGGUUAACACCUUGUUUACCGUGAAAAUACUGGUUGCUGAAGUUGAGAAAAGUGUUAAUUCCUAAGUACUGUUUAGUGUAACUGUAACCAAUCAUAAAAAUGCACUUUAAAAUUCAGCACAAAUUGCCUUAACUGGUAUGUGAUAUUUAAAGUGAAAAGAGGCUCUGCAGCCUGUGUACCAUCAGGUCCAGAACAUUCAAGUUUGAAUGACUAUAGUAUUACGACUGUCAUUUUUCAAUGAUAUCAUUUUGAAAACAUUUGUGUUGACAGGCUUGUUCAUUUCCUGUUUAGGGAUGUCAUAAUACUUCAAUAGGCCACGUAUUGUGAUACAUAAACUCCCCCAUAAUCAGAGUGCAUUCAUUUAAUUUCCUCAAUUGAGAAUGAUUUUCACCAGAGUAUUCCAAAAUCUUGUAAAGAUAUGAAUGAAAAAAUGGUUAAGACAAUUGUGAAAGACAGAUUAUAUUUCUGAAUCAGAAAAGUAACAUUGAUUAGAAUUAUUCUAUUUUCCCUUACUCAAAAUAUAAUUAGUUUAAAAAUGGAUAGUGUAACUAUCAUUACUUAUAUUGUGACAUCCCUACUGGUUAGCAUAAAAUGUUUCAACUUCUGAUCUAUUUAUUCUUUUGUUUGUUUACUGUCAUAAACAUGCCUAUAAUUUGGUUUAUAAAUUAUUGUUAUUUAAAAACAUAAUUUCAUGCCCUAUGCAGUCUGUUCAUGUAUCACAUACUUUACCUUCCCCGUCUACUUAAUGAUAAAUUAAAGAUGAAUUUCCAGGUCUGAUUCAGCUAUGUCCUGACUGGUUAUUUUAACAUAACUUCUGAAAGUGUACAGAAUAUAUCAGUAAUAUUGAGCACACAAAAAAAUGAUUUGUAUCCAUUCAGGCUUAAGGCUGCUUCGAAUCCAUUCCCAGAGUCAUUUUGUUUUCUUCUGGAGGCUGAGGUAGAUUUUAAAACUUUUUUAUUAUUUAUGAACAAAAUUA